AGUUUCAGGGCUUCCCCUGGAGCCAUAACUUAGUUUGCAGUAACCUGACCUAUAUCAGUACCCUCAUCAUGGCACCUUUAACAUCAAUUCGAACAUCUGAAGGCAAACUCGAGAUCGUUAACCAACUCUUGCUUCCGCACACCACGGAAUUCAUAACUAUCGAAACGAUCGAGCAUGCUCACCAUGUCAUCGAGGCGAUGAAGAUUCGAGGAGCUCCUGCGAUCGCUUCUCUAGCAGCUCUCGCUGUUGCUUCCCACCUCGAAAAAGCUCUGAAGCAGUCACCUAGCCCAGCCUAUCUAUCGAGCCCGAUAGCACUCAAAGGACAUAUCCAGCCCAUUCUUGACUUCCUCUAUACCGCUCGUCCUACCGCUGUGAACCUCGGAGUGGCUACUCGCCGACUUUCGAAUAGACUUCAAACGUCAGUGAAAGAAGGCAAAGACGUCCGAGCGGUAGCAGAGGACGUAAUCGCUGAAGCGAAAGCCAUCGAUGCCGAGGAUGUGUCUCGAAACAAGCGGAUGGCUAAGUGGGGAGGCGAUUGGUUACUUGAGGAGACGGAGAAGUGUGGCCGAGCUCCAGAAAACCUCAACGUCAUGACUGUGUGCAAUACUGGAUCAUUAGCUACAUCUGGUUAUGGCACGGCACUUGGACUUAUCACUUACCUUCAUGAGACUGGAAAGCUGCAAAAGGCAUACUUCACGCAGUCUACACCGUACCAUCAGGGAUCAAGACUCACAGCACUUGAGCUGCAGACGCUGGGAAUACCAUCUGUCAUGCUCUGCGACAGUAUGGUGGGCUCGCUCUUCCAACACCAUGAAAUUGCUGCCGUCGUUGUCGGCGCCGACAGAAUAGCGAGCAACGGCGACACCGCCAACAAGGUCGGCACGUACAACGCGGCGGUGCUUGCAGCUCGUCAUAAGAUCCCUUUCAUUGUUGUCGCGCCCGUUAGCACAGUCGACCUUGACAUUCCGGAUGGCACCCACAUUCCAAUUGAACACAGGCCGCCGUUGGAAGCGCGUCUCGUUCGCGGAGCGCUGUACCCGUUUAUCACUAACGCGGAAGGUUUGAAGGAGCAAGCAACUGUCAUGGUUACGCCCGAGGGUUUGGAGGGUGUGUACAACCCAAGUUUCGACGUGACACCGGCCGAGUUGAUCACUGCAAUCGUGACGGAGAAAGGUGUUGCUGUGAAGAGGGAUGGAAGUGCUUCAUUCGACUUGAGCACCAUCGUAUAGACUGUCUGUAAUGGAGUUACAUUCAUGACAUUUCGUUAUCCAGAUGCUUGAGACCUUGGCAGCAAUAUCCCAUGGCUUCCCCACAUUCUGCAAAAUGGUUUGCAGCGAAUCAUGAAUUAUCCAGUUCCACCUCAGGGUGGUUCAUCGCUUCGAAUUCUUGGUCAUGAUGGCAGCCUGAAAUUGAUUGCAUCCACAAAAGGAAUCCCACGUGGUCGGCGUUGGCUUUCAGACCAAGGUUGGGAAUUCGAAUAGGACAGUACUUGAACGACGACCAACGAUUGUCCUCAAACAGUCCUUACACUGCCGUUUUUGUCUCCAUAUCGUAGCAAGCCAAGACGAUUGGCCCAGCACGAUGGGAUCAGUGGCAAGUGAUCAGACGGAUGGGUAGUAAGAUGUAACCGCCAAGCGAACUGCCCCCCGCUAGUCACAGGCGGACGGCAUAUUAGACCCGUAGCGAAUAGAAUUCAUUUGUUCGCUCUUUCCUCUCCCCCUCCACCUUCUCCCAUAAUCAAUUCCCUCCUCGGGGGCUCUCACUCUCUUUUGAU